AUGUCCCACAACCCCGACUACGCUGCAAUGCUGGGCGGCGACUGUCAGCGUUACGGGGAGGCUCAGUCGUCGACCCCUGAGAGCGGUGAUAACUGCGCCACUGCCGAAAUCGAUGCGGCCAUGUACAAGGAAGAGAAGGAAAUGCGUGAAACCUUUGACCAGUUCCAUGAACUCGCGGCAGAGUACAACGCAGGUGCGGAUGAGCCCAAGCAGCAGCCGAUGUUCCUCAUACGCCUGAUGCGCCGCGUGAUCCCGCCGGGCGGUUUCGCUAGCGGCGUCUUCAAUCUCGCUGGAAGUAGCCUCGGUGCUGGUAUCCUUGGCUUGCCCUACGCCUUCGACACCUCCGGCAUCGUCAUGGGCACAAUCUACCUUAUUGUGAUUUAUCUUCUGACGGUGUACUCGGUGCGCCUCCUCGCCAUAGUCUACGGCAAGACGGGCAUCAGGAGCUACGAGCUGACCGCGCGCCUUCUCUUUGGGCGCGGCGGAGAUAUCUUCACAGCGGUGAUCAUGUUCAUCAAGUGCAUGGGUGCGUGUAUCGCCUACGUAAUCUGUAUCAACGACCUGUGGCACGCCUUUCUUAACGACGAUCGCGUCCAGGGCUACUACCGGACUGUCAGCUUCCAGCGCGUGCUCACGUCAGUCACGUUUCUGUUGCUGAUGCUGCCUCUCUCGCUGCCGCGGCAGAUCAACUCGCUCCGCUACGUCUCCCUCUUCGGCGUUGUCUUCGUCUUGUACUUUGUCGUCUGUGUCGUAGCCCACUCCGCAACCAAUGGGCUGCAGGAUGGCAUCACGAACAAGGGUCUGCGCCUGUUCAACACGGGCAAUCGAGCCAUUCAAGGUCUCGGCCAGUUCGUCUUCGCAUUUCUGUGCCAGUCGAAUGCGUACCAGGUGUUCAACGAAACCCCCAAGCCCAGCGUGAGCUUCUUCGAGUUGCAGGUUGUUGUCAGCAUGCUCAUCUGUACCAUCUUUUACUGGGUGACUGGCUUCUUCGGCUACUGCGACUUUGGCGACAAGGUCGGGUCCUCGCUGCUGCGCAUGUACCUGCCGUUGAAAGACUACUACUUUGCCGUCGCCUACGUUGGCCUUGUGGUGAAGCUCUGCGUUGCCUUUGCGCUGCAUAUUCUGCCCUCCCGCGACUCCGUGCACCAUCUCAUCGGCUGGGAUCUGCACACCGUUGCCUGGUGGAAGAACGCCGUUCUGUGCUCCUUCCUCAGCCUCAUCUCGCUGCUGUGUGGUCUAUUCAUCCCGAACGUAAACACCGUGUUUGGCCUGCUCGGCUCAUUCACCGGCGGGUUCAUUGCCUUCGUCUUUCCGGCGCUCUUCUUCAUUUACAGUGGCGGCUACGAGUUGAAGAAGGUCGGCUACUACAACUUUUUUGGUGCCAUCGUUCUCCUCCUCUGCGGUGUCAUAAUCAUUUGCUUCGGCACCACUGCCACAAUCUACGGUGUGGUGUAG